AUGGGAAAGAGUUCUUUAAUAAACGGGAGACAAACAUUACCAAUAAAGUUAUUGUCUUUGGAGAUUUUGGUGGAAGAAGAAGAGGUAACUACUCAAGAAAAGUUAUGUAAAAUUGCAAUAGCUCAAGGUGAACUUGUAGGAAAACAAAUAAUUCUGCCGUCCAAAAAAACUUAUUAUAGCUACCAAGGCAUACCAUAUGCUAAACCUCCAGUUGGAAAAUUAAGAUUUAAGCCACCCCAACCAGCGGAAUCUUGGUCAGGAGUUCGAGAUGCUACAAAAGAAGGUAAUGUCUGUCCCCAGAAGGAUCCAAUUUCGGGUGAGCUAGUAGGCGACGAGGACUGUUUAUUUAUUAAUGUUUACACCCCGGCAUGCAACAGCGAUGACUUAUUGCCGGUAAUGGUUUAUAUUCACGGCGGAGCAUAUGCUAUGGGUUCUGGGAAUACCGACCUGUACGGGCCAGAUUAUUUAGUACAAGAGAAUGUCAUUGUCGUAACUUUUAAUUAUAGGCUGGCUGCAUUAGGUUUUUUAACAUUGGAUACACCAGAUGUACCAGGCAAUGCGGGCCUUAGAGAUCAAAUAGAAGCUUUAAAAUGGAUCCAAAGAAAUAUCAAGCGGUUUGGCGGUGAUCCAAACAAUGUUACACUUUUUGGUGAAAGCGCUGGUGCUGCGUGUGCACAUUUUUUACAUUUAUCUCCAAUGGGAAAAGGGCUAUUUAAAAGAUUAAUAUUGCAAAGUGGCAAUGCGCUUAUGGAAUGGUCGUGCAAUAGGCUCGGUAUUAAACGUGCACACAUGACAGGUCAAUUUUUCGGAUGCAAUUCAAACAAUCCAGUAGAAUUAUUGGAUUUCUUGCAAACAAUUCCUACUUUUGAUUUAGUUUUGGCUUAUCUUCAAUUGAAUACACCUGAUGAAAGACGAAGAGGAUUACCUAUACCUUUUGCACCGACCGUUGAAAAGCACUUCACUGAAAUUGAAAAUAUGCUUCCCGCAUAUCCCCUAGAUAUAUUAAAAUCCGGAAAUUAUGAUAAAAUACCCAUUAUGUUCGGAUAUAAUAAUUGCGAAGGAAUGGCAUUUUUAAAAGUUGCAAAAAAGAAACUAGAUGAAACCAAUGAUGAUUUUGAAAGAAUGAUUCCCAAAUUUUUAAAAGUAGAGCAGCACUCACAUGUAGCCCAGAAUGUAGCACAAGAAAUUAAAUAUUUCUAUUUUGGAAACCAACCUGUCAGCAAAGAAACUUUACCACAAUUACUUGAUUUAUUAACAGAUUAUAAUUUUGCAAUAGGCACUCAUCAAAUGGCGCAUUUAUUUCAGCAAUUAGAUAUUGGGCCAGCUUAUUUUUAUAAAUUUUCGCAUGAUGGCUGCCUCAAUCUUUUCAAACAAUUUUUUGGUGAUACGAAAAUUCCAGGAGCUUGUCAUGGUGAUGAUAUGUUUUAUAUAUUCAAAUCUAAGUUUAUAAAUGAGAAACCCAUACAAAAUUCAGUAGACGAAUGCGUUCAACAAGCAAUGGUGAAAAUGUGGACUAAUUUUGCAAAAUUGGGUGAACCUACACCUGUUUUGGAAGAAAAUGAUGGUGUGAAAUGGGAUCCGAUCACAAGGUCAUCUUUGAAAUAUAUGGACAUAAAUAAUGGUUUCAAACUGAGUAUUGACCCAGAUAUAGAACGAAUCAAAUUUUGGAAAAAUCUUUAUGCAAAAUAUAAUGGUGAUUUUACAAAUGCACAUCCUCUAUUUAACAUGUAA